AUGAAGUCAGUAUCAGUGAUGGAGGGAGAUUCUGUCACUCUACACUCUGAUGUUACUGAAACGCAGAAAUAUAAUCUAGUACAGUGGAUGUUCGGAAGCACUCGAAUAGCUGAUAUCAACAGAAUCACGCAAACUAGCUCUAUAUAUGAUGAGAGAUUCAAAGACAGACUGAAGCUGGAUCAAAACGGAUCUCUGACCAUCACGAAAACUAGAACCACAGACUCUGGACUUUAUCAACUAACAAUUGUUAGCAGAGAGACCAUCUACUUGAGUUUCAAUGUUAAAGUCUAUGAUGUGACAAAUGAAGUGAAGACAAUAUCAGUGAUGGAGGGAGAUUCUGUCUCUCUAAACACUGAUGUUACUGAAGAAGAGAAAUAUUUGCUAAUACAGUGGAUGUUUGAAGGCACUCGAAUAGCUGAAGUCAGUAGGCUCACGCAAACCAACAUGACAUAUGAUUGUCCUGAUGGGAGAUUCAGAGACAGACUGAAGCUGGAUCAGACUGGAUCUCUGACCAUCACCAACACCAGAACCACAGACUCUGGACUUUAUCAACUAGCAGUUGUCAGUGGAGAGACCAGCUACAUGAAUUACAAUGUUAAAGUGGGAGGUACUCCACAAAAUUCUUUAUCAUCAGAAAGAUCAUCAAGCCCCAACUGUGUGUUAUCCAGCUGUGCAGUGAACAAUUCAAUCAUAAACCAGACUGAGGAUGCCAACAUUACUGAACUCUACGAGCCUAGUUCAGACCACGUCCACUGUUGUGGUUCUACUGAAGCUGUGAUCCGAUUGAUCGUCUCUGCUCUGGUGGGUGUGGCUACUGUUGCUUUUCUAGUUUAUGACAUCAAAUCUGCAAGAAGUGAGCUAAACAGGAUGGAAGAGACCAUCACUGUCAGACCCAUGAAGAAAAAUUUAGACAUACAGUAUGAAUUGAGCAGAAGGUUGAGUUCCAGAUAUGCCCAGAUAUAAAGCAAAACACACAUUAAUGCUCUGCACCUUUACUGUUCCUUGCACAGCUAUUUAUUAACAGAUUGUUUUUGCAUUCAUCGACCAUUUAUUGAUUGUAUCUGCACAGAAUAUGAUUUAGCAACAUAAAUGAUAGCAUAGAAUGAUCUCAAAAGCUUUCAUACUCUCGUAGAGCUUUGAAAUGACACUCACAAUGGCGAUCUGCAUGCAUUUUUGAAGCUGUGGUUUUACUGUACAACAGAUUGCUUUUUCUCUGUUCUACUCUCCACUUUUUAAAGUAAGUUUUAAUUCAAAUAGGCCUACCAAUUAUGUGUGAAUAUGUGAUUCACUGAAUGAAUUUAAUUGAUACACUGGCAACUAGGAGACAAAGCGAAACCUGUUAUGGUCAUUUACAUCUGUACAGCAGUGUGGUUUAAUGGGUGUGGGGAAAAAAUAGUAGGUUAAGUUCAAAAGGAAAAGAGAUUUGACAUGUUUCACUGCUCUCAAAACAAUUAGCUGAACACAUAUGAACACUUUGUAAUUGUCCUGCAAGUUUUUGACUUUCAUACAAAUCACAUGCAUAAUUUUCAAGGUACAAGGUACAAUGUUCUAAAAUGUCUUCACGAUAGUUCAUAUUGCCAACAAAACAUA